CUGAAAACACACAGGUCUUACAUGGAGGGGGAAGAAUGAAGCUGUGACCAUGGGCCGAGCCGAGGCCUGUGAGUCUACCUAGUCAUAGAGCAAAGGGGUCAUGGCCGAAUAUGAGUUAUUCCUCUGAAGAACACAGGGUGACAACCACCUCCUCGGACAAAGCCACCUCCGUGAGGCAGGAGAGGGACGUUUCAGUUAUUAGGACAAUCAGCCUGUCCAAGAUUUUAAACAUGCCUGAUCCCACCACUGAUGCCAGAAAAGACAAGCGAAAUGAAGAUUCACAGGAGGAUGAGGCUGACAGAAGGAUUUCUUUUCCCUCCCUGACAGAUGGUCCACAGACUGGAUUGGAAUCGGAGCAACAGAGUGAAAAAGCUCAAGCCAAAAGUGAGAAUGGGUCCCCGAAGGAUGAGCACAAGGAGGGAGAACCAAUCCAAGAUUCACUCAGGAGACAACCAUCUCUAGAAGAUGAGAAGGAGGAGGUUAUUUCUCAAGUAUUACCAGAGGAAGACCCAAACAAUCCUCUAAAGGAGCAGCCCGAGGUUCCUUUGCCCUUAGCACGGGAGGAAUCAUUCUCUCAACAAUCACAAAAGACGAUUUUGUCUAAGACUGGGGUAUGGAGGAACGAGUCGUCUGAGACCCCACCAAUGAUAUCAUGGCCGUUACAAGACGACGAGGAGAUGGAGCCCACAGUCUACGAUGGGGAAAGCACGGCCUCUGAUACUCCACCAGAGCAGAAGGCCCAGGUUCCUAGACUGCCCCCAGGUUCUCCUUCGGAGACACCGCCACCGACGGUCCCUCGGCCACCAGAGAUUCAAGAGCGGCCCACCCUUCAGUGGGCACCCUUGCCAAAUCUUGGCUCAGAUACAGAGGUACCGAAUGACUCUCAACCAGCAUCAGAAGAAGAUUUGGAGUUCAGAUGGGCGCCACUGUCCAAGGAGCCUUCAACAGUCUCACGGGUGAUCGCUGAAAAGUCUUCGAUAUCAGCAAACAAAGCCAUGAGAGGAAAAUCUCCAAUGCGCUAUGACAUACGUGCGAGCAACUCGUCUGAAAGGGAAACCGUGCUCCGGACAGAAACUAAGGAUUGGUCCUCGAAAGAAGAGCCGGACGCAGCAAUCGUCUCAAUCCUUUCCAAGCCCGCAUUGAUGAGCUCCUCACAGAGAGGAAGAGACAAGUCCUUCCACAACAUGGUGGCCGAGCUCGCCUCCCAGAUCCAGGACACCAGGGUCCCGCAAUCGGCCAUGGUCAACAGCAUCAACGCCUUCGUGGAGUCACCCAUCGGGCAGGUCUUUUCCACAACCAUUGAUAGGGCGCUGAUGAAAUCAGAAGAAUGGCUGAAUUAUUACCUCCCGUUGCCGCCAACUAGCAUUGCCCAGCCCAGUGCUUCACAAGACCUUUCCAGCCCUUCUUCCUUGGACCUUUGCAAGGAAGGCUGCUUCAUGCGCAUCAACUCCCUCUCAACACAGCUGCGCAACCGGGCUUUCAAGUACAUCCUGCGCCAGGUCAAAAGGACCCGCAAGAGCACUGGGGAGAACCUCUCUCUCCUCGACCAAGUCUUAGACCUGAUAGACUACACUGGUGGCCUGGGUUCAAGCAGUUUCCCCAAAGUUCCUGAACAGCUCUCAGGCCUAUGGAACGAGUGGCAACCAGAGCAAGAACUGGAAGGCUCAAAGCAGGCGAUAAGGAGUGGCAUGGAGUCAGUCUCUUUCAUUCCCGAGCAACUUGAGAUGAAGGCCUUAAGCUUGACCCGAAGCCUGGCCCAGGAGCUGUACACAACGUACCACAACUUCUUGCCCCACAUUUCGGAGCUCCCUCUCCACCUCCAAGAAAAAGCCACCCAGGUCUAUGAGGGCUUGGAAGAACUUCAGUCUCACUUGGCUUUGACUCCUUCCCUCCGGGAUUUGCCGGCCAGCGUCAUCGUCCAGAGCCGGGAAAGAAUCGCCAACGCCCGAGAGAACCUGGAUGAGAUCUUGGACUUCAUGAGCCAAAACCCGCCGUCCCAGUGGUUGCUCCAGAAAAGCGCCUCCAAAUCAGGCAAGGACCCGCUUUUCUCGGAAGGGGAGAAGCCACUAGGAGGACCAGAGAAUGAAGGCAACGUGGCCGGAGCCAGUUCCUCCCAUCAAACAGAGCGCCCAUUGCCACCUCCUCCGCCACAUCUUUAGUCCGGCUCCAAAAACUCCAGUCCCUAAACACCAGAAGGACCACAUCUCCCCAGCUUUGCUAUGCAGAAGCCUGGAUUCAGGAUUAUCCAGAAGUCCCAGGUGGUGCCAUCUUUUGACCUGAAGCUGCAAAGAAGAAGAGGUGAGACGCCAACUGACCAGCCCUGUGCGUUUUGUCCUAAUAAAUCC